GCACCCCCCUGCCCCCCCCCUCGGAACCUCCUCAGCGCGGAACCCCCGUGCUGGGCACCGUUCCCCGCCGAGCCCCUUUGGGCGGCCGUCCCGCGGCCCGUUGUUAUGACGACACGGCCGUAAAGCCGCCAUCUUGGCCGUGCGGCGCGUUGCGACAUGGAGGCCGCGACGGCGGCGGGCGCGGGGCCGGCGGCGCUUACGGCAGCCGCGGGCGGGGAGCGGCGGGGGGCGGCGGCGGCGGCGGCACCGGCACCGGGCUCCUGCCCCGCCGGGCCCGCCGCCUUCCUCGGCCUCCCCGCGCCCUUCGCCGAGGAAGAUGAGGCCGACGUGCACCGGUGCGGCCGCUGCCAGGCGGAGUUCACGUCCCUGGAGGAGUUCGUCCAGCACAAGCUGCAGAAGGGCUGCCAGAGAGCCCCCGAGCCCGCCGCGCCGCCGCUCCUCCCGCAGGAGGCACAGAAGGUUGUGCCCUCGGUGGAGGAGUCCAUAACGGUUGCCCAUAUUGUUGUCGAGGCGUCUUCAAUAGCAGAUGAGAUCGGGAACGCGUCAGCGAUAGUAGGUGAGCUCCAGAUAGGAGGUAGUGGGCACAUAAAAGAAGUCAUCGUUGCAGGAGACCACGUUUUUGAAAACCCCAAUGGUGAUGUUGAUGGGGAAGUCGCUGAAGAGCAAAGCAACCCUGAUGAUCAGGAGCAGGAUAUUUCCACAGAACUGAUAAAGGUUAAGCUUCUGGUUAACAAGGAAGGGCGAUAUGUGUGUGAAAUGUGCCAGAAGACGUUUAAAACGGCAAGCAUCCUCAAAGCUCACAUGAUCACUCACAGCAGCAGGAAGGACUAUGAAUGUAAACUCUGUGGAACUUCCUUUAGGACAAAGGGGUCUCUGAUUCGACACCAUCGGCGCCACACUGAUGAAAGACCUUACAAAUGCAAGAAAUGUGGAAAAAGCUUCCGGGAAUCGGGAGCUUUGACUCGGCACCUGAAAUCUCUGACGCCUUGCACGGAAAAAAUUCGCUUCAACAUGAACAAAGAAAUAGUCGUCAAUAAAGAUGACUUGCCCGCAGGUUCCUGCAGUUCAAAUGCAGACACCGUUUCAUCAAUGGCGAGUGAAUCCAUUGAGACCUCGCCUGUGAUUCAUCUAGUGACAGAUGCAAAAGGCAACGUGCUUCAUGAAGUCCACGUCCAAAUGCAGGAGCUUCCUGUCGUAGAUGAAAAAUCUCUGGACCAAGAACCACAUCCUGAGGAGCUGCCAUGUGAGGGGGAACCAAACAGCGAGAAUCUGCUGAGGCAGGCCAUGAGGAAUUCUGGCAUUGUGAUAGAGAGAGUUGCUGUGGAAGAAGUACAGAAGCCAGAUGAGCCUGCUGUACCGGCUGCAGAAGAACUAGAAAACGAAGUGGUGGAAGCAGAAGAGGAGCCCUGUGCGGAACAGUGUGUUGAAAUAGAACAAGCAGAGUCUACAGAUGCAGAAAGAACAAAUGGGUACAAGAAUUACGUUUGCCCUCACUGUAAUGAAGCCUUCAGUGAAGCUACUUCCCUCGAAACACACAUCAAAGGCCAUUUAGAUUACAAGCCUUUUAAGUGUGAGGAGUGUGGCAAAGAGUUCACAAAGGGUUAUCUGCUAAAAAAGCACCAAGAAGUGCACGUGAACGAGCGGCGGUUCCGCUGUGGCGAGUGUGGCAAGCUCUACAAGACCAUCGCACAUGUGAAGGGGCAUCGCAGGGUGCAUUCUGACGAGAGACCAUAUUCCUGUCCAAAGUGUGGCAAGCGGUACAAGACAAAGAACGCCCAGCAAGUCCACUUCCGUACGCAUUUGGAGGAUAAGCCUUACGUGUGUCAGUACUGCAGUCGGGGUUUUCGGGAAAAGGGCUCACUGGUCCGCCACAUCCGCCACCACACAGGGGAGAAGCCUUUCAAGUGCUACAAGUGCGGGCGAGGGUUUGCAGAGCACGGUACUCUCAACAGGCACUUAAAGACCAAAGGUGGCUGCCUCCUGGCUUUGAAAGAGGUGGAGGAAGUGAUAGUGUCUGAGGAAAGUCAGUCGGCUGAUAAUUUAGCUGCAACAGUCAUCUCUGAUGAUCCUCAUACUGUUCUGGUAGAGUUUUCUUCAGUGGUGGCAGACACUCAGGAAUACAUUAUUGAGACUGCUACUGAAGACAUGGAGACCAGUGAAGCUACUGAAAUAAUAGAGGGAACAAGACAUGAGGUCGACAGCCACAUUAUGAAAGUUGUACAACAAAUAGUAAAUCAAGCAAACUCUGGUCACCAGAUCAUUGUGCAGAACGUCACCGUGGCAGAGAACUCCGAAGUAACCACGGAUGCUGCAGACACCAUCACCAUUGCGACCCCUGAAAGCCUGACGGAGCAGGUGGCCAUGACGCUGGCUUCUGCCAUCGGAGAAGGAGCGGUGCUGACUACAGAGGGUAGCAUCGAGACAGAAGAAGCGACAGUGACCAUGGUGGCAUCAGAGGACAUUGAAAUAAUGGAACACGCAGGAGAGUUCGUGAUUGCCUCCCAGGAGGGGGAGGUGGAAGUCCAGACUGUGAUUGUGUAACCAUCAACGUGCAGCUACUGACAGAUGUUAAUGUAAAACUAAUUAUUUUUCUCCAGGUUGGGGAAUUUGAUCAAUUCUAAGUUCGCCAUUACAGUUGUUCAGAGAGCAAGGGAGGGAAUGCCUCUAUAAGUAAGUGUCUUAACAGGAUGAUACAGGCCUGAGCUAUUUUCUGUUUAAAACGGCAAUUAGUAGUUAAAAACCUCCGCGUGGGUAUACUGUGGAGGCGACCAAUAUGCCACGUUUGACGGUCUCAGUGUUUUGUACAGCUGCCUCAAAUAAAGGAAGAGCCUUUGCAAAGCAUUUACCUCUGACCACAGGACAGUAGCGUUCUGGUGUUUAAAUUUAAAAAGAUUCAGAAAGUGAAACAAGUAAAUAGGGUCUCAUAAGAGACUACUUAAAUUAAUCAUAUGCAUUUAAAACAAAACGAGAAUACCAAACCUAAGGCAUUCUGGCGUGCAUUUACUACCAGUCAAACACUUUCAUGCCUUUAACCUCACUACUUUACUUCUCCUAAGGCAUGGUACUGCAGUAUUUUCUUUUUUUAUUUUAUUUUAUUAUUUUGUAUUCUGGACGAGUAGCCUUAUGUACUGGUCUAUGAAAGAAUGCAUCAUUGUACCCUUGCAAAGCCAGACAGGCUGCUCUGAGAGCUAGUCUGUUGGUGUGUAAAGCCAUAGUGUACAUGAUUUUUUUAAAAUCGUAUAUGGAUUUAUAAUUGCAUAUUGUACAGAUUUGGCAUGUAAAUACAUUUUUAAAAAUAAAGUUAUUUAAAGUUCUUA